GGUUUGUUGACUAUAUAUACAUUAUGUAACACUUCUUUCACGUACUCACCUGAAGUGCAUCGAAAAGUCCUGUUUUCUGCCCCUUAUCCCGUUAAUAGAAAUCUCUCAAAUUGCCCAGGUAACCUCUGCCGAUUUGGCAGGUAUUUUGGGCAGGCUAACCGUGGACGUCCUAGGAGGUAGAGAACGAUUGCUUGGAUGAUGGUGAUGAGUAGCACGGGAGGCUGGUACAUUUUUCCUAAUUCUCGGUGUGUUCUUGGUAUUCUCCAAUUCCUGAAUUUUUUGUAGAAUCUCCCACGACACGGUGGAUCCUACAUUUGGUGGUGGCUCAACAUCCCUUCGGUUCCUGAUGUCCAUCUCGAUUUCAUUUCUGAAGUUUUGAAGCUGCCUUGCAUGUCGAGGACUUAUAAGAUUUUUCUCCCGCAAAUCGAAGAAGACCAUCUUGUGGUUGUCGAUGUCCGCCUCAACCUCCUGUCUAGCAGAACGAGUACCAGAUUCCGAGAUUUUCCUCUUCUUGAGUGCAUUGAUCGUACGGCAACCCGUCUUAGACAGGUCAUCGUAGAUCAUCUUUGCAAGCUCCCGCCUCAUCACGGUACUAUAUUCAGCUUCUGGAUCCUUCCUGUAAGCACAUCUUCUGUUAUUUCUACGUAUCCUGCCAGGUUUGAGAUCGAACCAUGAAAAAAAUUAGUCAUAGUUGUAAACUUAUUCAUAACUGAAGUUAUGAACAAGUUUUGAGCAUUGGAUGGGAUUUGACUGAGACGAUAGCAAUCGUAAGGAUUUCGUAGACAUAACAGCCGGUUGAGUUUAUGUCCACCAGGUUACAUUUCCUAAACAAGAUGAAUACAGUCCCCG